AUGAAGAGUAUAAACGAAGAUGCUUCCGUACUAAAUCUCGACCCUCAGAGCGACCACAGUUCCGAUUACUUAGCUCAGCCUCAACCCCGCCGUCCACGUGGCUUCGCUGCGGCGGCGAUGGGGACCAAUUCCACCGGAAAAGGAAAAAAGGAGAGAGAAAAAGAGAAGGAGCGAACGAAGCUCCGUGAACGACACCGUCGAGCUAUUACCAGUCGCAUGUUGGCUGGACUCCGUCAGUAUGGUAAUUUCCCUCUUCCGGCGCGUGCUGACAUGAAUGACGUACUCGCUGCUCUCGCGCGUGAGGCUGGUUGGAUUGUUGACGCCGAUGGAACUACUUACCGCCAGUGUCCCCCUGCUUCUAACAUGGGAUCAUUUGCGGCAAGGUCAGUUGAAAGUCAACUAUCUGGUGGUUCUUUGAGAACUUGUUCUGUUCAGGAAACACUAGAGAAUCAGCCACCGGUAGUACUUAGAAUUGAUGAAUGUUUGUCGCCUGCAUCUAUUGAUUCUGUUGUAAUUGCAGAAAGGGACUCGAAGAAUGGGAAAUAUGCAAGUGUAAGCCCCAUCAAUUCAGUUGACUGCUUGGAGGCUGAUCAGCUUAUGCAAGAUAUUCAUUCCGGGGUGCAUGAAAGUGAUUUCAAUUGCACACCAUAUGUUCCUGUUUACAUAAAACUUCCAGCUGGUAUUAUUAACAAAUUUUGCCAGUUGAUUGAUCCUGAAGGCAUUAGACAGGAGCUAAUUCAUAUUAAGUCCUUAAAUAUUGAUGGUGUUGUUGUGGAUUGUUGGUGGGGCAUUGUUGAAGGCUGGAGCCCACAGAAAUAUGUGUGGUCUGGUUAUAGGGAGCUUUUUAACAUUAUCAGAGAAUUCAAGCUGAAUUUGCAAGUUGUUAUGGCAUUUCAUGAAUGUGGAGGGAAUGAUUCUAGCGAUGCAUUGAUUUCCCUCCCACAGUGGGUUUUGGAUAUUGGAAAAGAAAAUCAGGAUAUAUUUUUCACAGAUCGUGAAGGGCGGAGGAAUACUGAAUGCCUAUCUUGGGGAAUUGACAAAGAGCGAGUUCUCAAAGGAAGAACUGGAAUUGAGGUCUAUUUUGAUAUGAUGAGAAGCUUUCGGACAGAGUUUGAUGACCUGUUUGCAGAAGGGUUAAUUUAUGCUGUAGAAAUUGGACUUGGAGCAUCUGGGGAGCUGAAAUACCCUUCCUUUUCGGAAAGGAUGGGGUGGAGGUAUCCUGGUAUCGGUGAGUUUCAGUGCUAUGAUAAAUACCUGCAACAUAGUCUGCGGAGAGCAGCCAAACUACGUGGUCACUCUUUCUGGGCUAGAGGACCUGAUAAUGCUGGGCACUACAACUCUAUGCCACAUGAGACUGGAUUCUUUUGUGAGCGGGGCGACUAUGACAACUAUUAUGGACGCUUCUUCUUGCAUUGGUACUCCCAGACUUUAACAGACCAUGCAGAUAAUGUUUUGUCUCUUGCAAGCCUUGCUUUUGAGGAAACAAAAAUUAUUGUCAAGGUUCCUGCUGUAUACUGGUGGUACAAGUCUCCUAGUCAUGCAGCAGAGUUGACAGCAGGAUAUCACAACCCCACAAAUCAGGAUGGAUACUCUCCUGUGUUUGAGGUUCUGAGAAAACAUGCUGUCACAAUGAAAUUUGUCUGCUUAGGAUUUAAUCUUUCCAGCCAGGAAGCUAAUGAGUCGUUGGUUGAUCCAGAGGGGUUGAGUUGGCAGGCAUUAAACUCAGCUUGGGAACGGGGGUUGAUCACUGCUGGAGAGAAUGCACUCUUUGGCUAUGAUAGAGAAAGGUACAAGCGAUUGGUUGAGAUGGCGAAGCCCAGAAAUGAUCCUGAUCACAGACACUUUUCAUUCUUUGUUUAUCAGCAACCGUCUUUGCUUCAGGGAAAUGUUUGCUUGUCAGAAUUGGAUUUCUUCAUCAAAUGCAUGCAUGGUGAGAUGACAGGAGAUCUGUGAUGGGCGCAAAUUUUACUUUUACUUUUUAACUAUGCCAUUUUGUGGAGGGUAAUUACCAUGUUGUGGCUUCAUAGCGACAUGCCUGCAGUGCAAUGUCAUCUUUAACGUCAUUUAUAUAUACAAUAUUUAUAGGCUUCAGGAUAUGGUUAUGUAAAUGAGUCAAAAAAAAUGGUUAUGUAAAGUCAGAAUUUAAAUUUCUUAAAAAAACCAUAAUUCUGAGUUCUAUGAAUUAUCAGUGGAAAAAAACAUCAGUUUGAUGAAUUCCAUUGUGUUUUUUUUUUUUUGUUAACAUGAAUUUCAUUCUGUAUAAAUGAUAAAAUUGGUAAAUGUAUGAUGGUGGAUGGCAAGAUUUUAUGA